AUGAACAAGGGUUAUACCCAGGAUCGGUCAGUCAAGCAGAAGCGAGAGGAGCACAUGAAAGAGCUCGAAUGGCCUAAACCGAUGCUGACUCCCUCUAGCAAGAGAAAUCAAAGUAAGUACUGCCAUUUUCAUAAAGAUCAAGGACAUGAUACCGAAGAAUGUCUGCCGUUGAAAGAGGAGAUUGAACGCCUACUAAGGCAGGGACUAUUGGCUAAGUAUGUAAAAAUCGAUAGGGGCAAGCAAAGGCUCGAGGAUCGAUCCCCGCCAGGGGCAGGAGUGAUAAACAUGAUCAUCAGGGAAAAAGCAAGGUUCAAGCAGAGUAUUACUUUCGACGAAGAGGACUUGAUUAGUAUAACGCAUCUCCAUGAUGACGCCUUAGUGAUAGUAGGCGAUAUAGCGGAUUUUGACAUGAAGAGGGUGCUAGUUGACGGGGGAAAUGGUGACUACCCCUCUACAAGGCUUUGGAGGAGCAGCAGUGAUACCGGAAGGAACUGUGGAGCUUCCAGUUACGCUAGGCACAUACCAGCGACAGUGGUUGUUGUGACUAACUUCUUAGUUGUCAAGACCUCCAUGGCCUACAAUGCCAUAUAUGGCCGACCAUUGCUAAAUGCAGCUGGUGCCGUCCCAUCAACCUACCAUUAG